CUCUGAAAAUGCAUCUAUUUCCUCACUCUCUUCGUUCUGCGAGAAGCUGCUGUCGCGCAGUAUCGUCUGAUGUCUUUUUAUUGUCUCACUCUGCCUAACCUGGUUUACAGCUUUGGACAAGGUAAAUUGGGAAUCCAACUAACUUUUCAGAAAGUGAUAUAUUUCUAAUUCCGUCUACAAUCCGAUCUCGGAUCAGCUCUUCCUUGAGCGCGCCAAACUGAUAAUGUUCUGCUAGUUUGUGAACAGCUGUGAUAAAACUGUCGGUGGUUUCAUCCUGCUCCUGUUAGCGCAUAUUAAACAUAGCUCUCACAAAAAUAAUGUUGUGUCUCCCUACAAAAUGCGUUUCAAAACAGUCUUUAAUGGCACUGUAGUUAAGUUUCUCUUCCUCGGUCAACGUUGAAGCAUUUAAUAUAUCCUCGGCUUCAUCACCCAUAGAGUAGAUCAGUGUAUUAACUCGAAAUGCCUCAUUUUUCACGUUUAAGCCUGAUGCUACCCUGUACCUUUCAAAGCGCCUGAUCCAUUUCGGACAGUUUUUAAUGUCCAUACAAACAAAAUUAUCCGGGAUACGAUGCGAAAUCCGUCAGCACUAGCCACAGGGCCUGUCCGUGUUUGCGCCAGAGCCCGUUGAACUUGGAGUCGCAAACCCUGAAAUCCGGCCAGCUUCUUCCUCUUGCAACAUGUUGCUUAGCAGUAACCUACUCCUUGCUCGUUAGCUAGCAAAAUAAUGAUACGCGCUGUUUUUAUCUCCAACACUGUGCCCUCCCUGCUUUGAAACAGCCGGAAUGUAUGAUUUACUUGGUACGUCCUUCACGUUUAUGUGAAUUUUAAAACCACUUCUGACACCAUGUAGUAUGAUCUAAAAUAAGGACGCGCGACAACCACAACAACAUUGCUUCUGUUCGUGAGAGUACGCAGCUGAACGGCGCCCUGGACUAGAGCUAGGUCUGAUUCAUCUGCUGUGAUAUUCCAUUUGUUUUACCCAUCUGGCUGUGGUGGAGGGAAUGUCGCUUUUUAGAACUACAAAUGUUUUUAAAAAGAAAAAUAGUACAUCUUUGGUGAAAGUCCUAUACCCAAACAGUGUUUCGGAGUGAUAUUGUCAGGGAGGGUGGGGUCUUUUUUUGUGUGCCAUUUUCUCAAUUCCUCAUAAUCUGAUUGAAGAACACGUUUUUCUUUUACACCCGUCACAAAUCUUGAGGAAGGUGUUUUUUUCUUGGAUCAGUCUAGCAAUUAGCAUAAUUAAUGUACCAUUUCCUUUCUGGCUCAGACAAGGCUACUUAUUACUUUACCUCCUUUUAUUGUUUUUUUUUAUUUAGGAAGAUGGCUUGUUUUGGCAUUGGUAAUAAGACCAAAGGCAAAUGUGGAGAAGAAGAGGAGAAGGCACGGAGAGAAGCAAACAAAAGGAUUGAGAAACAGCUUAAAAAAGAUAAACAGCAAUACUAUAAAUCUCACAUGCUCCUACUACUAGGAGAUUGUGACUCAGGGAAAAGCACAAUAUUCAAUCAGAUGCGAUUGUUGGACACAGAAUUAACUGCGGAGGAGAAAUUAAUGCAAUACAUGCAACACAAAAAAGCUUCAGGCAUUUUUGAGACAUAUUUCAGAGUAGGAGAAUACGUUUUUUAUUUGUUCAAUGGCAGAAGUGGAUGGAGAUCCAUAAGGAGAGUGUUUUGUGACCAGUCGGCCUAUAUUUUAGUGGUGGACAGCAGCAGCUAUGAUAUGGUGUGUCAGGGAGACAAUCAGACCAACCAACUGCAGGAGGCACUAAACAACUUAGAGAACCUCUGGCGCAGAAUGCGGACAAUGGACCGUCCUGUCUUCCUCUUUUUGAACAAACAGGACCUACUAGCAGAGAAGGUGUUGGCGGGGAAAUCUAAAAUAGAGGAUUAUUUUCCAGAGUUUGCACACUACACUUCGCAUGAACAUACAACACCAGUACAAGGGGAGGAUCCAAGUGUCACCAGGGCAAAGUACUUCAUACGUGACAAGUUUUUGAAGAUCACAGCCAGUGGAGAUGUGGAUAUGCACAAAUGUUUUCCUUUUUUCACCUGUGCAAUCGACUUGGAAAACAUCCAGCGGACCUUCAGAGACUGUGGAGAUAAGUUAAACUUUUGCUCGUCAUGAAUGCAACAAAAGAAAGGAAGGUCCUCAGCUGGCAGGCUGUAUGAAGAGAUGCCCGGGAGAAGACCUCAGACUGGAUGCCCCUCUGCAUCUCCUCAGUCAGCUCCUGAGAGCUUCCCAGGCCCAUGUUGGCAGACAUCUUCGACUGAAACCUCAAAUUGAACUUAGAGCAAACUUUUUAGUCUAGCGCUAUUGAAAGUUUCCCCAUUAGAGACAAUGGAAAAUACUAAAACUCUUCACAAAAUUUACAAGACCCUUAGAUGAGUUCAGUGUUAUUUUUCUCCUUCAAUGAAACCUCUCCAGUCAUUGUUCUUCAUUAUAGAGUUGAGGUUAUAUCCCUAGUUUAGCUCAGGACCACUAUAUCAUGAUGGAUGAUCAAGGUGAUUGCCACACAAAAUACAUUGUCCAGACGACAUCAACAGCAGCCAGCUGUGAAUGAGGUAGUUUUCCAUAAAGAUCACGGCACACACAGCAGCCUACUCUACUUCUGCCUGAACAGAACCGAGGAAGCUGCAAUGCUCUGGUCCUGACCCUCUAUUUUGCUUUUAAUAUCUGUGUAAAUGUGUUUUAUCUGGUCAUCAUUCUGCAAAUAGUGGCUUGUCAAACCUUUAUCUUAAAGUGCACACAGAGUAGGAAACAGCAUACAAAGUUGUUCAAGUUGGGCAACUACUGUACAAAUGGUCUGUGACUCAUGUAUCCCUUUAUUGGCUUGGCGUUAACAAAAAUAAGAGUCUGUACAAACAUGGAGAGGUAAAGGCUUUUAAAUGGUAAUGAAUCUGAAUUGCAAAACAAACCUAUAUGCUAUGUUCUAAAUAUCCAAUUCUACUUGAGAAAUUAGACAGACAGUUUCAAUGAAUUUAUUGACCCUAGAAAUGGGUAAAAACUCAACCAGUACACAGUACAAACUUUAUCCUCAUGUAGUUAGGGUGUUGCAUAACAGUGUCAUUGCUUUAUCGCUCAACUCUUUCAACAUGCUACAACAGCCUGAGUUUGUCACUUUCUGUUCUCUUGCCAAUCUAAUUCCACAAAGGAGUUGGCAAGAGAGCAGAAACAGACUGGCACCAGGCUAGCUACGGUAUUCUCAAAAUAACUAUGCUAUCUGGCAAUAUUUAUGAAUAGUUCUCAGUACAAAUUAUAAUAAGAAUAAUUAUAACAAGAAAUCUAUAUUCCGUUAGCAGGUGUACAACAUUUUGGCAACUAGAAAGGCUUCAAUAACAUGCAAUGACACUUUAAAAAGGAAUGAUGUGCUUUGAACUGUACAUUAUAGGUGCAAAUGCAUUCAAAUAAACACCAUUACUGGGAGUGUCUAGGAUAUUGCGAGAUGUGCGGAAAGAAUAAAGAAGUUGCAGCUGAAAUAGUCUGGUUUUCUUUGUAAACCAUAGCAGCUGUCUUGGGGAAUUCAUUUAACUUGGGCAAAACUGCACAGCAUAUAAAUGUUUUUCAUCCUCUGACAGUGACUGUUAAAAAGCUAAACAUAUUCUUUAAAUGACAUAUUAGACUUUGCAAAAGCCCUACAUUACAUCUUAAUGUAAAAAAAGGGUUUAUCAGAUAUUGAUAUGGCUCACUUUAAUAUUUAAAUUCCACAGAAAGAUGGCUAGUAUAAAAACAAUGAGUACAAACAUCUCCAGUAUCCAGCUGGUAGGCAAAUUAUGGUGGCAUAUUGCUCUGAAAUAAUUCCUCUCCAAAUAGGACAGUUAAAAUGGACUUGUACUGUCAAUAGUAGUUGGCUAAGGCCCAGUUCUCUGACAUUUUAGAGAAACAUUUGCCCACACUCAAGAAGUUUCGUUCACACACACACACACACACACACAGAGAGAGAAGAAUGAAUAUUGAGAGAGAAUUGACAUUGACUAAGGAAAAUAAAUAAAUUGAUGAUUAAAGGUUAAAUGUUAAAUUUUGAAAGCAUGGAGAAAUGUAUAGUGGCAGAGGUGAUUAAAGGGUGAUUAGAAUCAUUUAGUAAGAGGGUUAACAAUGUGUGAUUUAAGUAAUCCAGUAAAAGAGUUCAUGUGACAUUUGCUUUAAGGUAUGAUGCAUAUAGACUAUGUUUGUUUAGUUUAGAGGAACAAGGCCUUAGGGCCUGUUGGAGAUUGUUAAUGGAAGGCUAUAAUGUUGAAAUGUAAUGAUUAAAUGUUUACAUUUUUGAAUAUUUAAGAGGUAAUGGGAGUAAUUAGUUAAGUUGGAGAGGGAUUAAUAUGGUGCCAAGUGGGGAAUGUUAAUGUGAAAAAAAAUUAUGUUUAAAAAUGAGUUUAAGGAUGUUAGAUUGAUCUGGAAAUCUCCAGGUUAGAACGUUUAGGGGUGAAGCAGAUUGACAUGCAAUUUAGGUGAGAAAAAGUGGGAGUUAAGGGGGCUGAAAAAGCACCUUUUUGAACGAUGGCCACAUUAGGUGUUAACCACUAAUGCUGUAGAUUUAUAGCCUAAAAUAUAUAAAAUAAAAAAAUUGUUUACUUAUCACAUUUACAUUUUAGGUAUACCCAGUUAAUUUAAAGUAACAUUCUAGGAGGAAUCCUUAAGGUUACCUCAUUGAUAGAGGUGUGGUAAAGUAGCUGUUAGAGUUUCUAGACGCCUUCUGAGGGACUGAACAUCCUGUGGGGGGGGAGCCAAAAAAAAACUGUUGAGAGAGUUGUAGAAGCCUUUUCUUGUUAUUAAAUAAUUUGCUUCUCAUAAAAUUGUAACAGACAAAACAUUUUAUUGGAACACCCCAACAGGGAUUUAGUUAAGGGUGCUGAAGGUUGUCUAUCAAUUUAAUUUACAGUAAAUGUUUGCUUAUAAAUGAUUUGUGAUUGAUAGGGGAAUUUUUAAUAAACUCACUUUAUUGUUCUAAAA